CCUCGCCCCUGGCAACAGAUAUGCAACAGCAGAUAGGCUACACAAUCCUCCAUAGAUGAAACUUUACAGGAGAUAACAAAAAUGAAGAGAGAUGUUGGUAUCCAGCGUCUGAGCGGAUGUUUUCAUUGGACAGAGUUUGAUGGUGAUGAUAAACGGCAGUAUUUACAUCAGGAGUUUGCGUAUAAGAAUGUGAUGCACGCGCUCAAACGAGGGCUGCCACGGUCAAGCGUGAGUCAAGUGGCAAAGAUAUUGCCUAUGCCUAAACUUAAAGGUUUGAAAACAUCAGACGUUGUUUGUGUCAUCAGGGAUGAGUUGUCAAAGAUUGAGCCUCGUCUCUCCAAUGGACAUCUUGCUGUUCUUCUGGACUUCAUUCUACAAACGUAUGUUCCUCAUCAACACCUCUAUCAGGCCUUUUUAAAUGGUGACACAGGCCUCAGACACAUCAGAUCUGAACUUGAGAUUGAAAGGCCACCUCAUCCACCGCCUCUCUGUGAGGGAACAGAUGCUGUGGAGCUGGAAGAGCAGCAGGUUUUGAAAGAGACUCCGUCCAAGAAAGAAGCAGAAAUCAUGAAACUAAAGGAGAAGACUGAAGCUCAGAUGAUGGCAAAGUUGCAGGCCAGUUUAAGUGAUCUUCCACCUCAGGUCAACAUGAGCAGACAGGAGGUGGAGGGGUUAUUGCACAGUUUUCUGCAGUCGCAAGGACAAAUUAUACUGGAUUGUUUGAUGGAGGAAGCCAAUCUCAUCGACAACCUGCUGCAUUUAAAACUGAGGCAGAAAUCUCAGCUAACAGAAAGACACAUCACAAAUGAUUCAGUUACUAUCGAACAGCACUCUGUGCCAAACCCAACAAAAAAUAAAUAAGUUUGAUUGACAAAUGAUUAAAUACUGAUAUUAUAAUGCUAAAUAAUAAUAUGUGCAAACUGAUUCCCUUAAGGGCUUGCUAAAGACCAUAUGUGCCCCGUGCUGGCAAAAUGAGUCGUAAUGCGCAGCGUCUAAUUUUGAGCUAGAGGCAAAAUAAACUAUAAACGCUGAUGUUGGGCAAAAUUGAGGUUUUUUAUAACUCAAUUUUUAAUAACUCAUUUUUUUUACAAUAAGCUCUCGUCUAGCGAUCGCAAUGCUCUAAAUAGUCAUUAAACAUCUAAAUGAUCUUUAUUUGUACUGUACGUUUUCUGAGGUGUACCAUCCUAAAUGCUUAAAGGUGCAGUGUGUAAAUUUUAGUGGCAUCUAGUGGUGAGGUUGCGAAUUGCAACCAAUGGCUCAAGCCACUACUCACCCCUCACUUUUGAAACGCUUAGAUAAGCUAUGAUAGCCGCCACCAGAAAAACAUGUCAUUGUCAAAGAACUUCGUAAAAAAGUUUGUCCGUUAAGGGCU